GGUAAUUGAAUCAUGAGGGUGAGUCUUUCCCAUGCUCUUCUCAUGAUAGUGAAUAAGUCUCAUCAGAUCUGAUAGUUUUAGAAAGGAGAGUUCCCCCUGCACAUGCUCUCUUGCCUGCCACUGUGUAAGACGUGCCUUUGCUUCUCCUUUGCCUUCUGCCAUGACUGUGAGGCCUCCCCUACCAUGUGAAAAUGUGAGUUCAUUAAGCCACUUACCUUUAUAAGUUAUCCAGUCUUGGGUAUGUCUUUCUUAGCAGUGUGAAAAUAGACUAAUACAGAUUAAUUGUGGCAUAUAGAAGCUGCUGUGUAUAGCCUCUCUUCCUCCAGCUUCUAAAGAGAACUUUCCUUACUACGUAGUUGGAGCCACUUUGGUUCCAUUAAUGACUUACCGCAAGAAAACCUCACAGCAAGGACUCAACAGUGAACAGGGAGCUAUGCUAAAACAACAUCCCUCGGAUAGCCCAAUGGGAGUGAGAUACGUAGGGGUGUAGGGUUAGUCAGAACCCAAAACUUGUGUCUUCUCUGGAAGAACCUCCCAGACCUCCCAGCUAAACUCAUGACCAUAUCCCUUUCCUAGUUCCUCUUCUGUAUCCAUUUACUGCAUUGCAACUUCCUAUUCCAAGUCAACGUUUCACCUCCAGAUCGACAUCCAAGCUGAAAUCUGCUAAUGGGGUCAGAAAACAGGUCAUAAAGGAGAGUAAACCAAAAUGUUGAACCCAUUCCAGCUUAAAAAGCCCACAAUAACAAAAUCUAAUGUUCUGUGUACUUUCCUCCCAGUAUAAAACACAGCUUUCUCCCGGAAGCUUAACCAUUUUCCAUAAUCAUGAUCUUCUAUUAACAACUCACAUCUUUCCCAGUAGACACAUUUCUUUCUCUGUUCUCUUGUGUCAAAAGUACAUAACAUAGUGCGGUGAUCCAACUAGGGGCUGGCUUCUCUACAAACUGUCAGCAUUUCUCUCCCUGCCUUCCUUUGUUCCUAAGAGCGGUUGUGGAUUGGUAUAGACCCAAAGUGGGAGUUGAAAUAUGCAUUGCAUCAUUUGUCACAUUAGCUACAAAGGAAGCAGCAGAAGUAACCAGAAAUGAGGAGCCGGAAAUUUCCGAUAAACAACUCUGAUGGUUAUCUGGAAGCUGAAUUGAAUCACAGGCACAGGAAUUUGGAAUUGCAGUUUGAAUUGCAGAAUCAGAGGUAACUGCCUCCCACUAUAUGAUAGUAUCAAUUUAAUUCAAAAAUUGAGUGUAGUUUUACAGUCUUAGCAUUCCAUUCCAUUCUGUGAAAUAUCAGAGAGCAUUUAUUUAACAGGCUCAUAUGAAGCACAUUUGCAUUUGGAAAAAGAAAUGAUUAAAAGGAACCAACCUGGGUGGCCCAGAUAUGGAUACUAUUAUGGAUGUUGAUAGUAUUUGGAAGUGAAAUGAAUGAGAUUACUUCUUUACAGACUCAAUAUUGAUCAAUGAAAACAUGUAACUGCUUAAUUUAGUCCUGUAGUCGAGCAGUUUUCCACAUAGAUUAGGAAGUUAGAGUGGAUGCCUCUCAUUGGGUUUGCAUUGUAUAAGUAAAGCUUGUUUCACUCAUGCAUCCCUCACUGGCCUUCUCUCUCUCUUUAAUUUGGGAAUAGAAGAGUAAGUCCACAAUUAAUACUAGAUUGUGAGAGGAGAGACAAAAAAGGGGCAGGGAGUUUCUGAGAGAAUGUAAAAUCUUUGAUGCACCCCUUACUGACCCUGGUUUGUGUCCCUUCGCCAUGGGAAUAGCUCUUGUCAUCAUUUAAAAAACUUGAACUGCAUUUUAAGAGAAUUAUUGGUCUUGCUUCUGCAGACUCAUAACUCCUUUAUGUGUUUGCUCUUGGGAGGAAAAAGCAGAUAGACAUUUAAAAGCCGGAUGUUCCUGCACACCUUUUUCCUGAUGCUUCAUUCUUUUCCAGGCAGAAAGAUGGUGAGACUCUGUCUCUAGCAAAGGGGUAUUUCUAGAUACUGAGGUGUCAGAGACACCUGGUCAGAGAGGUUAGGAGAUGGGGCAUCCAGAUCCACCCUCUCCAACUGGCUGCUGCUUUCCUGGCAGGGCUGCACUGGGAGAACUCCCUUCCUUCCCACUUCCCUUUCCUCCUCCCAUUCGUUGUCUCUUUGCACAUCCCUAAUUUGGCCUCUCAUAGUAAGAGGUCAAUAUGUUUUCACACUUGGGAAAUCUCAUUCAAGAAUUUUUGUCAAUGGACAAGUCAUAAGAAGCCCUUCCAUUUUAGGGCUCGUUGACGUCACCAAGAGGCGAUAAAUAUCUGUUGAUAUAAUUGGAUGUGAGAUUCAGUGUUGAGAUAGCAAAAUUCUGCCCCUCGCUCCUUGGCAGGGCCCUAUGAUUUAUGCAGGAGCAGAGGCAGCACGCAAUCGAGCUGUCAAGAGAGCGUCAGCUUAUUAGGCAAAUGCUGCGUGGUUUCUGAAGAGGGUCGACACUAUAAAAUCCCACUCCAGGCUCUGGAGUGGAGAAACUCGGAGACCAAGUCCAUUGAGAGACUGAGGGGAAAGAGGAGAGAAAGAAAAAGAGAGUAGGAACAGAAAGGAGAGGGGAAGACAACCUCCAGAGAAAGCCCCGGAGACGUCCCUCUGCAGAGAGGCCGCAGCACCCGGCUCACCUGCGAAGCGCCUGGGAAGCGAGCGCCCCUAACAUGCGGCUGCCGCUGCUCGUGUCCGCAGGCGUCCUGCUGGUGGCUCUCCUGCCCUGCCCGCCAUGCAGGGCGCUCCUGAGCCGUGGGCCGGUCCCGGGAGGCCGGCAGGCGCCGCAGCACCCUCAGCCCCUGGAUUUCUUCCAGCCGCCGCCGCAGACCGAGCAGCCCCAGCAGCCGCAGGCUCGGCCGGUCCUGCUCCGCAUGGGAGAGGAGUACUUCCUCCGCCUGGGGAACCUCAACAAGAGCCCGGCCGCUCCCCUCUCGCCCGCCUCCUCGCUCCUUGCCGGCGGCAGCGGCAGCCGCCUUUCGCAGGAGCAGGCGGCCAACUUUUUCCGCGUGUUGCUGCAGCAGCUGCUGCUGCCUCGGCGCUCGCUCGACAGCCCUGCGGCUGUCGCAGAGCGCGGCUCCGAGAACGCCCUCGGCGGCCACCAGGAGGCACCGGCGAGGGAGAGGCGGUCCGAGGAGGCUCCCAUCUCCCUGGAUCUCACCUUCCACCUCCUCCGGGAAGUCUUGGAAAUGGCCAGGGCCGAGCAGUUAGCGCAGCAAGCUCACAGCAACAGGAAACUCAUGGAGAUUAUUGGGAAAUGAAACGGUGCGUUUGGCCAAAAAGAUUCUGCAUUUAGCACACACAAAAAAUAAAAAAACAGUAUUCUGUAACAUAGCGCUGCUCUGAUGCCAUUUGUUUAUUUUUAUAUAGCUUGAAACAUGGAGGGAGAGAGGGAGAGAGCCUAUACCCUUUACUUAGCAUGCACAAAGUGUAUUCACGUGCAGUAACAACACAAUGUUAUUCGUUUUGUCUACGUUUAGUUUCCAUUUCCAGGUGUUUUUAGUGGUGUUUUAAAGGGAAUGUGGAUGUGGGAGAAAACGUUUUGUUUGAAAAGCAGACAGAAGUCACCCAGUUGUUUUUGUUGUGGUCUGAGCCAAAGAGAAUGCCAUUCUCUUGGGUGGGUAAGACUAAAUCUGUAAGCUCUUUGAAACAACUUUUUCUUGUAAACGUUUCAGUAAUAAAACAUCUUUCCAGUCCUUGGUCAGUUUGGUUGUGUAAGAGAAUGUUGAAUAUUUAUAUUUUUAAUAAAAGCUGCAAAGGUAA